ACGCAUUCUUCUUACAGGGUAUUUACUCUUACAGGGUAUUUUUUCUUACUUCAAGUCCCGACUGUUGAAGGUGGAAGUGAUCUCGGGCAACAGAAAGGGACGUUAUAGAUUUGUCCUUUCUUUGUUAGUCUGUUCUCGCUACAAGCUGACAAUGAGCUCGGAGAAGCUGCUUAACGUAAGCGAAGUUGCCAGCCGGGCCCGCCGAGACCGACCCGCGGCCCGACCGGUGACGGUGGCCGUGGCGGCCGGGGCGGGGGUGCUGGUGGUGGCGGCCCUCGUCUUCCUCGCUCACGAAGUUAAGCAUGUCCGUGAGAAGUCUUUCCAAGAUGUUUCUCAACUGAAGGACCAGAUCCUGACGCUGAAGGAUCGUACCUUGGCCAUGGAGAUCCAGCAACGUGCCUCUAUUGGAGACAAGGAGGAAGCGUCCUCGCACAAGGAGGAAAUAACGGCCCUGAAAAUCCACCUGUCGUCUCUGAAGACGGAGUUACAGAAGGAGAAAGCUGACGGGGCGUCUUUGAGGGAGAGACUGGCUGUGCUGGAAACCAAGUUCCAACUCGGGCAUGCUGAGGAACACAACUUCGGGAACUUUCGAGAGGGCGAGAAGUCGAACCAAGCUGACAGUGUCCCUGAACACAACGCCACCUUGCGGAGGUACAGGCGUUCCGACAACUCCGUCACGACACCUGCAGGUCCCUUCCGGGGUCCCGAAGGACCGGCCGGACGAGACGGGCGGGACGGCCGUGAUGGUGUUCCCGGGCCGCCCGGACCUCCAUGCGGAUGUGGAGGGUUUGGGGAGCCGUCUUGUGAACAGGGUCCACCUGGACCAGAGGGCCCGCCUGGACCAGAGGGCUCGCCUGGAGCACAGGGCUCUCUUGGUGCACAGGGACCGCCUGGACCAGAGGGCCCGCCUGGAACACAGGGCCCGCCUGGACCAGAGGGCCCGACUGGACCAGAGGGCUCGCCUGGACCAGAGGGCUCGCCUGGAACACAGGGCUCGCCUGGACCAGAGGGCCCGCCUGGACCAGAGGGCUCGCCUGGACCUGAGGGCCCGCCUGGACCAGAGGGCUCGCCUGGACCAGAGGGCCCGACUGGACCAGAGGGCUCGCCUGGGGCAGAGGGCUCGCCUGGUGCACAGGGCUCGCCUGGACCACAGGGCUCGCCUGGACCAGAGGGCUCGCCUGGACUAGAAGGCCCACCUGGAGCACAGGGCCCGCCUGGACUAGAUGGCCCGCCUGGACCACCUGGAGUAAAUGGAUCAAGCACAGAUGACCACAACUACCGUGAUAUGCUGGCACAGAGCAUCUGUACAGCGGUCACCAACAGAGUAGCAUACAUCUUCACCAUCCGUCGGGAUUGUAGUCCUAACGGGGACAGGCAGACGUGCAACGACAUGUGCACCUCCCACAAAAAUGUCUUCGGACAGGGAAGCACCUCAGAGUGCUUUGAUGCCGUGCAUGUGUACGGGAAUCGGCCGGUCCUUUCAUCCGACCACAACACUGACACUGGAAAACUUGGCCCUGCCGCAUAUCGCUAUCUCAACGAUGGUUGUGCCCAUCCCAACUGCGGGCCGAACUACUGUUGCUGUCGCGUUCGCUAGCUCUAGCAUCUUCCCAAGAUUAGAGAGAAUAUAGUCAAGAUUAGAGAGAAUAUAUGUCAAGUGAAUAUAUAUCAAACAGCACGUCUAACCAAUAUCUAUCAAAUCCAGAUCUAUUCAAUUCUUAGGUUAUGUUCUUUUGUUUCCGAAAAUAAUACAAUAGACACUUUCAGACAUGUUUCCUUUGCUUUAACCAUUAAUUAACAAACUUUUUAUCACUUGAACCUGGAAGAAUUUUUCUGAGUAUUACUCAAGUUGUUUUGUAAUUGCUUCUACGACUCCGAGACUUUGUUAGUUCGACGUGCUGUACAAUAAACAAGAGAGAAUUUUUGUAUGACCAUAUUGUCUCUGCAAGGUUUGUGCAAAUUCGUUGUGCUGCACAAUAAACAAUCUUAAGCCCUUGAAAGGUCA